AUGUAAUUGGAUGAGAGUAAUAAAACUAAGAGAAAUGAUUAAUCUAUCCUUAAAGAAACCUCUAAAAAUAGAAAUGUAAUUAUCUUUAAUUAUCAUGCAAGAUAGUUUCUAAAUUACAAGGAAAUCCUGCAAGAUUAUAGGGUUUGAAAGAUAGUUUUAAAUACUUUACUUUAUUAAAAAAGAAUCAAUAUUUGGAAAGAAAAUAAUAUAGAGUUACUAGAGAUGAGACUCUUGUUUGUUCCUGUAUUAUGUGUCCUGAAGAUUAAAUAUAAAAGUAUAUUAAAUUGUUAAAAUAGUCGACCUUAAGGUCCAUAAUAUUCAUAUAAUUGCGGUGAGAGAUGCUUGAAUAGAUUUACUUGUACAGAAUGUGAUGUAGAGUUAUGUCCAUGUGCAGAAUAAUGCAAAAAUAGAAGAUUUUAGAAACAUGAUGAUGCAUGUGUAUAUCCAUUACGUUGUGGAGGAAAAGGAAUGGGUUUAUUUGCUGGUGAGCGUAUUUUGAAAGGACAAUUCAUAAUGCAAUAUGUUGGAGAGAUAUUUCAAAUAAAUAGUGCAUUUGGGAGAAGACGAGUGCAAGAAUAUUCGGUUUGAAUUGUGUGUUUAUCUUAGAAAUCUACAUGCACAUAUUUAAUGAAACUUAACAAUUAAGAAGUUAUUGAUCCAACAUCUAAAGGGAAUCUAGCUAGAUUUAUAAAUCAUUCUUGUGAGCCUAAUUGUAUUACUGAGAAAUGGAAUGUUUUGGGUGAAGUAUGUAUAGGUAUAUUUGCAAUACGAGACAUAAAUGAAGAUGAAGAAUUAACAUUUGAUUAUUAAUUUGAUGUAUUUCAUACACCAUUAACUAAAUGUUUAUGUGGAGCAAAUAAAUGUAAAGGAUAUUUAGGAUUAAAACCAACUGAUGUAACAUAAGAAGAAUGGGAAGAACAUUUAGAAAAUAUGGUAUGUAAAAUAUGUCAAACUAAAACACCUUAAGAUGAUGAGUAAUUAUUGUUAUGUGAUAAAUGUAAUUGUGGAUUCCAUUUAUUAUGUCUUAUACCUCCAUUAUCAUCAGUACCAAAAGAUGCUUGGUAUUGUUAGGAAUGUUAAGAUGAGAAAAGAAUAUUAGCAGAAUCUGAAAAAGAAAAAGAAAAGAUAGAAGAUUUAUUAUUAUAGAAAGCAAAAUAAUUGAAUAAUGAAAAAAAAAAUAAGAAAAAAAUGGAUUCUUCAUCUUCAUCAAGUGAUUCUGAUAGUGAAUAUGAUAAUAGAUAUAAGAUGAUGAAAUCUUUAGAAAAAUAAACAGUUAGAGAAUAUUUAUAAUAAAAACAAAAUUAAUAAUAUUAAAUUAAUAAAUUAGAGGAAGAUAUUAAUUAAAAUAAAAAAGAUGAUUUAGAUAAUAAUAUUUCAAGUCUACCUAACAAUUCAAAGGGUAUCAAAUCUACUGGCAUUUCAUUUAAUAACUUAGAUUAAUUUGUUAGAUCAUCAAUAGACUUACAACCUUAAAAUAGUGGUAAACUAUAAUAGAUGCAAUCUAUUGUUGAUGUAGCUUAGAAAAAAUUUGAAGAAUAAUAUAAUGAUAAUAUUGAAUUACAAUAAUAAAUAGAAUAGAUUUAAGUUUAAAAUAUCCAAAAUAUUGAUACUAAAAAAGAAUGUUUUAAAAUUAAUAUACUUGAAUAGAAAGUAGUCAAAAAGAAUGCUCCAUUAAUUUAUAAGAUUGGAAACAAAAUCAGUUUUGAAUAAAUAGAUUAAUAAUAUGCUGAUUUCUUUAAGAAAGAGAAUAAUUUGACUGUUAUUGGUUCAGUUUAAUAAAUAAGUAUCUUCAGAACAAUAUUAAUUAUGAUUGAAUAAAUAAUAAAAGAACUUAAAAAAGAACUUGGUAUCAUUGAAGGAUAGAUUAAAGUACCAAUUAUAUAUUUAAAAAGAUUAAUAAUGAAAUUGUAAUUAUUUAAUUAUAAUUGUUAAUAGCAAUAGUUUAGAUAAAAAAUAAGAAGUUAAUAUUAUAUAUAAUAAAUCAUUGGCUCAUAGUGAAGAGAUAUUUCCUAUGGAUAGAGCUACUCCAAUUAAAAUUAAAGGAUCUAAAUAAAAUAUUGAAUCAACUGUUUAAGAGAUAUCAAAAAUCUUAAAAACAUUAUGUGUUUAAAGAUUGUAUAUUAGUAGAAGUGAAACUAAAACAGUUUAGUAAAACAUGUAUCAUCUAAAAUAACAUGCUGAAAUACGUAUUUCUAGAGAUUCUGUUUAUAAUGCAAAAGGAGAAUAAACUUAAAGAGAUAUUAAUCAUCCAUUCUUUUAUAUAUAAUAUAGAGAGAAAGAAGUCUGUCUAAUUGGUACUCUUUAAUAGAUUUAAGAUACUAGUAAUGCUAUUAAAUUACUUUUGGAAUAAGAGACUAAUAAUGAUAAGGAAAUGACUUAUUUUACUGUUCUCAUUUCUCCAUAAUAUAAAGAACAAUGUAAAUCAGUUAAAUAGAGGAUUGAAAAAGAUUCAUCUUCUACAAAAGUAUUAUUGUUUGAAGCAUCACAUCCUAGAAAGAAUAUGACUAUUUUGAUAUUAUGUUUAAGAAGUCAAAUUAAAUAAACUAAAUAAAUGUUUUUUGAAAUGAUUUAAGAGGAUUGUUAAUUAAAAUUAGAAUAAUUUUAAGAUUAAAUGUCAAUGUAAAUGUGUAGAUAUGUUUUUAAAUACCUUUAAAAUACUAUGAUGACAAAUGAUAUGGCAUUUAUGAAAAAUUGGGAUCUUAUUACUCCUUAUUUUUAUUAAUUUAAUAUUUUAAAAUAUAGAGAAUAGAAAUUUGAUAAUUGGUUUGUUAAACGUUGUUAUCCAUCAUUACUUAGAGAUUAUGAAACAUAAUUAUAUAUAUAAUAUUGUUUAGGAAAAGAAAUCUAAAAGAAUUUAACUGAUUAAGAAUAAAUAUAGAGAAAAAAGAAUUUAAUUUUAUUGACAAAAAAGAUUUUAAAUGCAAUUUUGGGAUUUAAAAGACAUUAACCAGAUUAAAUAUAAAUGGAUGGAAAUUAAUAAUAAGAUUAAUUUAAAAGAUUUAAUAGUGUAUAAGAAGAUGAUACUCCUAAAUUAUAAAAUUUACCUUUAAUUUAUUUGAUUCCUCAAUCAUCUUAAAUCAACAAAAAAAGUGAUAGAUAGAAGAAUAGUAGUGAUAAUAGUUCUUCUGAUUCUAGUAAUAAUAAUUAACAUUAAAAGAGAUAGAAUAGUUCAGAAUCAGGUAAAAGUAGAGAUGUUUCAACUAAAUAAAAGCAUAAAUCACAUCAUCAUAGAUAUAAUUAUAAUUAAAAAAGUUCUGUUGAUAGGUAUGAUAAAUAUAAAUAUGAAAAAUCAAAUUAUUAUGAUAAAUAAAAAUAGAAAUAAAAAUAUUAGAGUAAUAAAUAUGAUAGACCUAGAAAUAGUAGAAGAUAUUAUGAUGAUAAUGAUUACUCUAAAAAUAGAGGAUAUAAUAAAAGAAGUAAUUAUAUUAUCAAAUAUAAGGAUCCAGUAGUGAAGGUUCAUAAAAAUCUUAAGAUUAUAGAAGAAAAAGAUAGGAUUCUGUAGAAUCUGAUAAAUAUAAAAAUAAUAAGUAUAAUAGUGGAUUUUAAUUUGAAAGAAGACAUUCAAAAACUUACAAAUAUGAUUAUGAAAGUAAUAUAUUUAUUUUUAAAUAAUUAGAAUCUAAUAAAAUACAAGACAAUAAAGAAAGAUCUCGAUCAAGAUAACGUAAUAAAUCAGAUAGUAGCGAAGACUAUAGAAGAAGAUCCAAAUCAACUCAUAAAUCCAAAAAAUAUUAUAGAAAGUAUUAGUGAAAUAUAAAU